AUAGGUUCGUUUAAUUCAACUCUUACAAAACCAAGACAUUCACCAAUUAUUUCAUAUCUUCUUCUUCACCAUAUUCCUAUUUGUCUCCCGACACAAUGAUCGAUCUGUUUCUAUCCCCCACAAAAUCUUUGUUCCCUAUAAUCAUUAUAUGGAUGCUCUUUGUGACACCUUCUUUUGUUUUCUCAGCUGAUGAUGAGCUUCACAGUCUCUGCAGUCAACCGUUUCCGUGCGGCAAUCAAAGCGGUCUCUUGUAUCCUUUCUGGAUAUCUGGCAGAGAAGACUGUGGCCACCCUGACUUCAAAGUAGACUGUAACAGAGGAUUCGCAGAGUUAAGUAUCUCCUCCGUGAAGUAUAGAAUCUUAGAGACGAACUAUGACUCUGGUAUCAUACGACUGGCGAGAUCGGAUUUUAUCUGCAAUCUUUGUCCGACAAAUCCUUCAAAUAUGCCAUUCAACCAAAGCGUCCUUCCACUUUCUCCUACCACCGCACUGCUAAGAAUUUAUUACGACUGCAGCCAAGACUUUUCGCCGUAUGUUCCUAAUUAUAUUGGAGCCCUUGCUUGUAAUGGUGAUGAUGAUGAUGAUGAUGAUGAUGAUGAUGAUGAUGAUGAUGAUGAUGGCAAAAGAUAUUAUUAUGUGACGAGUAACCAAUCGUCCCCUCUACUUCAAAGGAUUAGAAACGUUUUCAACAGCUUCAGGGUAUUUUGCCAUAAAAACGUCACUAUUCCUGCAUCUGGGCCCGCGCUGACCGCGCUACAGUUGACUCCAAGUACAGAUAAUCUAAAGAAGGCUCUUGAAGAAGGUUUCGAGCUUGGACUUAACCAAGAUUGUUCGACCUGCUUAACCUCUGGGGGUGCUUGUGGGUUUAAUCGAAGCUCAAUUGCAUUCACCUGCUACAACAGUAACCGUACUAUAAACAACGAUACAGGUCUCUCCACUGGAGCUAUAGCAGGAAUCGGGAUUGCUUCUGUAUUGGUGCUGUUAAUCCUGGUAGCCGGAUGCGCGCUCUGUCUAAUCAGACGGCGGAAGAUACAAGCAUCUCAGUACACAAGCAAAGGCUUGUCAAUAACAUCUAAUUCAAACAAAGAAGCCUCAAGACAUCUAACUCCCAAAACAAUCUCAAGCCAUCCAACUCCCAAAACAAUAUCAAGCAGUAGCAAUCACGCUCUUAUCCCCCCAAUCUCUAACAUCACAAACGCAAGCACCUACUUUGGAGUCCAGGUCUUCAGCUACGAAGAACUCGAGGAAGCCACUGAGAAUUUCUCUAGAGAGCUAGGCGACGGCGGCUUCGGUACUGUCUACUACGGCGUGUUGAAAGAUGGACGAGCUGUAGCAGUGAAACGACUAUACGAAAAAUCUCUUCAACGCGUUGAACAGUUCAAGAACGAGAUCGACAUUUUGAAAACUAUGAAGCAUCCAAAUCUAGUGAUACUCUACGGAUGCACAUCGAGACACAGCAGCGAGCUUUUGCUCGUCUACGAGUAUAUCUCAAAUGGAACUUUGGCCGAUCAUCUUCACGGUGAUCGUGCUGAAACUCGUCCUCUUUGUUGGCCAAUUCGUCUAAAAAUAGCGAUCGAAACAGCAAGUGCUUUAUCCUUCCUCCACAAAUCAGGGAUCAUACAUAGGGACGUGAAGACAACAAACAUUCUGCUAGACGAAAACUCCACGGUGAAAGUAGCUGAUUUCGGACUCUCACGGUUGUUUUCAACAGACCAAACUCACGUCUCCACGAUGCCGCAAGGCACUCCAGGAUACGUAGAUCCGGAGUAUUACCAAUGUUACCGUCUAAACGAGAAGAGCGACGUGUACAGCUUUGGAGUCGUACUCACCGAGAUCAUAUCUUCUAAAGAAGCCGUGGAUAUCACAAGACAUCGCCACGAUGUCAACUUAGCGAACAUGGCCGUUUCCAAGAUCCAGAACAAUGCGGUGCACGAGCUAGUUGAUCCGAGUCUUGGAUUCGAGAAGGAUCCAGAAGUCAAGAGGAUGAUGGUGUCGGUAGCUGAGCUUGCGUUUCGCUGUUUGCAACAGGAAAGGGAAGCUAGGCCGUCGAUGGAUGAGAUUAUGGAGAUUUUGAAAGGGAUCAAAGGGGAGAAGUGCAGGAAGUUGCCAGAUGUGGUGGACAUUGUGGUAAGCAGAGGAGAUGACGUUGGAUUACUGAGGCAUAGUGAUCCUCCGCCGGUUUCGCCGGAUGCCGAUAUGUGUAUUAGCAGUUCGGAUACGGCCGCGCGUUCAUUUUGAGUGGUUGUUUAAUUAGGUCUCGUCGGUGGUGUGUAAUAAUAUAUUCACUCUGCUAAAACUCUUCUUUUAUAUAUU